UUCAGUCAGAUGAAGAAGAGGCUAGCCUCGGCAGUCGGAUACAAACGGCCAAUCAGCCAGUACGCACGGGUCGCCUUAGCGAUGGGAGCCCACUCCAGAUACCGGGCUGAGAACAUCAUGUUCUUGGAGCUGGACAUGAGUCCUCCCACCACAGUCUCAUUGGACCACUGGCCCUCAGAGGUGGGGCCUGACUGUAGCUCCUCUCCCACAGACAGCGCCCUCUACAGGGAGAGAGCCACACGCGUCCGCAAGUCACGCUCCUGGUGUCAGGCCCCACGAGCCAUCACUUCCUCCUCCUCCACGGUUUCCCUGGCAACCCAUUCUACAGCCACACCCAGUACUGCCCAGUGAAUACCGGCCUCUCCUUACCUACCCCUCUACUCUCUCUCUCUCCUCUCUCUCUCUGGUCUACUCUUUACAGCAGCCUGCUAACUCCUCCCCUUUCCUCUCCUCCGCUCUCAGGAGUGGGAAACCACUCAACAGUCUUUGCCUCUGCUGCCUCAUGAUUGGUUGAUCACUGCCGUGGGAGGAGCCAAAGCCUGAUUGACAGAAGCAGAUCUACUGCCUCAAGGACUCCACUACCCAGACUACCCUGGGGGAGUGAAGGAGAAACUAUCCAUCAUACUCUCCUCAUUCCUGUGUGUGUGUGUGUGUGUGUGGCAGCCCAGGGUAGUCAGAGGUGAAACUCCCAAUAAAUUAAGACAGCUGGAGACUGAUUUGUGGUGCUCAAAACAAGGUAGUUAUUUAAUAGAGGUUAGGGGAAAGGAGAGGUGAGAAAUUCAUCCCUCUGCCUGUCUGCCCAACCGCCCGCGUGGACUAGACGUACCCUCUGCCUGUCUGCCGAACCGCCCGUGUGGACUAGACGUACCCUCUGCCUGUCUGCCCAACCGCCCGCGUGGGCUAGACGUACCCUCUGCCUGUCUGCCCAACCGCCCGCGUGGGCUAGAC